AUGUCUACUUCUCGCUUCUUCCUUCUUCUUCUUCUUCUUCUUCUUCUUCUUCUUCUUCUUCUUCUUCUUCUUCUUCUUCUUCUUCUUCUUCUUCUUCUUCUUCUUCUUCUUCUUCUUCCUCUUCUUCUUCUGUCUUCCUCUUCUUCUCUGUCCCGGAAUUCUAAUUCGGGAAUUAAUGUAGAUGGAUUCGAAGUCGAAUUCCAACUGUCAUCCCGAGUAUUAAAAAUUACGAAGGUAUGUUUAUCGGGCGCGUGGGUAAUCAAAUUUCCCGUCUUGUCACGAAAUAAGUCGUUAAUUACUAAAUAAUGCUUGUAGUUAGAUAAGGUUGUUUGAAACGGCUCACCUCUUCCCCCAAUAUCAGUUUCGGAACAAAAGUUAUCAAGGCACACAUUCCACGUGGGCUGCGAUUUCUGUUUAAAGCCUCUACAUUUAAUCCGAUCAUUGGUGAGACACUAUCACUUCGUCUUUCACGACAAAUCACUUUUCUAUAACAGCACUGAAAGUUGACUGUUUGACUGGUCCCUAAUAAUGGAUCACCGGCCUCCGUAUCCGAACUGUCAAUCAAAAGUAACCCCAUACCCGUGAAGAUCAUCUCAGGCCGUCGCUUCAAAUGCGGUUAUAAGAGCUAGUGCACAAACGUUUGACCUAUUCUGUGGUGAACAAAACCCUGUUUGCUAGAACGGUACUGAGGAUUGCUGCUUUGGUAGCCCUUCAAAAUCCCAAUUCAACUAUUUGGGGUCUCACAAAAGAGCCGGAAUGCGGAGGGGAAAGUAACCUAAAAUUAUUGCCGGGCAGAAAAAGAAUAAGAUAAUUCGUUUGCAUUUUCAAGUAAAAACAAUUCCCAGAAAAAGAUCUUCCAAACACUAUGAUCGAAAGACAUAACCCUGCGGAUUUUCGAACUCGGCAGAUGGAGCAGAGGGUUAUUUACCUUGUUAAAGAUGAGGGCUGUUGUCACACUAAUGAUACUGUAAUACACCACUAAAGCUGACGAAGAUUUCACUUGAAUCGCGGUGAAGGCGACACCCCUACGGGACGGUAAGCUAAGGCUGAUAUAAUCGAGUGCCGGCGUCCCUUUGCUCGCUCAUCAACUCUCUUCCCUCUCCCUUCCUGCUCCCCUCUCUCUCUGAUGUCGAUCAACUACAGUAGGUGUGCUAACUAAAGAAAUAUUUGUCAAAAUUCCGAAAUUCGUUUCUAACUCGAAAAGAUUACUUAAGUAGGGUUGUAAUACUAAUUGCCAUGCGGCACAAUCUCUUAAUAAUUCAGUUAGUUAGAUACGCCGGCUUUUAAAUGAACCUCCUUCCGGCCGCUUACAAAAACUACACUCCGUAAAAAUGACCAUCUACAUAGAAUGGCUUUUUCUCAUUUAUUUUCUAUUCUCAUAUAAAUUCAAAAAUAUUUCACAGAAAACCUUAAUGAAAAUUGCCGAUACAAGCGAGUUCCAGGAACUAGUUUAUAAGAAUUCGAAGCGAUCGCUGGAACAAGGGCUUUAUUCGCCUGACGUUUCGGAUUCCCACUUGAGCCCAUCAUCAGAGACAAUGACAGAAAUGGGUGAUUCGUGCAUAGGAAGCUGCAGUAUUUAUAGGAUGCAGUCGCCAUGUUACUGUAUACCUACGAUAAUUAACCGCCCUCCCCUUCUUCAAGAAUUUUUGCCCGCUGGUGCGCUAACUGCUUGAUGGACGGCAUGCAAGCUGUUAACUGCUGAGAUACUCAUUCCUUUACUCAUUUGGUGGAAAACUACGUCUUCUUCAAAUUGUAUACUUGGAGAAAAGUUAUAAUUCGAUUUUAUGGGAGAAAUAUAUAUCACACAUGGCUGAAGACAUCUUCCGUCGACUAUGCAAGGAAAAUUCAACUGUGAAUUUCACAACAGAAAUGUACAACAAGGUGUUGAUAAAGAUUGAGGACAUGGGCGUAGGAAUCUCCAACACAGUUCUUAAUCAACUGGGAAUGCCAUCAUCAAACCGAUCUACUGCUGUUUCGGUAGAUGUGGAUUUGCGCCGCGAACAAAGCUACAACACGGUAGAUCUUGUUUUGAGUCUUCAAUCGAAGCUAACAGUGGAGCAGAAUGGCAUUUGCCAUCAGACAAUGCGAACUGUCAAUAACGGGGUUGGGGGAAUUUCCUUAGAGGCGCCAGGAGUGACUGGCAAAAGUUCCCACCACGAAUGAUUCUCACAGCAAUACGACCCAAAAAUGAAAUGGCCUUAGCACUUGCUUCCUCCGGAAUAGCUUCAAACCCGCUACCUGGUGGAAGAACUGCUCAUUCAGUUUUGAAAUUGCUGUUGAACGUCCAAUUCAUGGGAACUCCUAUGUGCAACAUUUUAAGGGCAUCUGGCACGGGAAGAGUACUGCCGAAAUGCGAAAUUAUUGUUUGGGAUGAAUGUACAAUAACUCACAAAAAGGGCUCGAGGUCCUUGAUCAAACGUUGCAAGAUUUGCGCGGAAACACCAGACCAUUUUGGAUAUACACUGCUACUGCUUGCAGGAGACUCCAGGCAAACAUUGCCUGUAAUUCCUCGACCAACACCAUCUGACGGAAUAAAUACCUACCUGAAAUACUCUACCUUUUGGCGCCAAGUCCAAACGUUAAAAUUAACUACGAAUAUGCGUGUUCAGCUGCAAAACGACCGACUAGCUGAAAUAUUUUCGCACUAAUUGCCGGCCAUUGGUAAAGGAACGGUGCCGGUUGAUCCGACUUCAGGGCGCAUUUCAAUACUUCUUACUCUCGGCAAUUUGGUGUCGCCAAAAGAAGAAUUGGUUGAAAGGAUGUUUCCCAAUAUUCAAACCAAUUAUAUGAAGCACGAUUGGCUGGGCGAACAAGCUAUUCUUGCGGUCGAGAACGACCAUAUUAUUCAGUCUAGGAUUCAUAGCGAGGCAGUCACACACACCUCCGUCGACACCGUUGUGGAAGUAGGCGAGGUAGUUAAUUAUCCAACAGAAUUUUUUGAAUUCCCUUGAGCUGCCAGGGAUGCCGCCGCACGUACUACAAUUUAAAAUCGGCGUGCCGAUUGUCAUGUUGCGUAAUACCAACCGACCGAAGCUUUGCGACGGCAUGCGGCAUGCAGUAAAAACAUUAAUGGCAACGUCGUGAAUCAACUACGUUGACAGGACCUUUUAAAGGUGAGCAUGUCCCUAUGCCUCGUAUUCCACUGAUUCCUACUGAAGUGCCAUUCCAAUUUGGGCGACUGCUAUUCCUGAUUCGAUUGGCAGCUGCAAUCACCAUAAAACCAAGCUCAGGACCAUCUUUAGAAUUGUGCGGUCUGGAUAUGCAAACGGAAUGUUUCUCAUAUGGACAACUAUAAAUCGCGUGUCCCGGAGUCGGCAAACCAGACGAUCUUCAUACCUGCACGGACAACGCAACGACAAAACAUAUCGUAUACCCACAAGCAUUGUGAAAUUAAACAUAUUAGAAACGCGCCCUAUUCCCCUUUUCUUUCUUCUCCAUUUCAUCAGACUGAGCCACAGCAACGCGUGGCCUGGUUCAGCUAG